UGAGCAAUUAUCUUGAAACCCGGAAGCGCUCAUCCAUCGGCCGCCACUGCUACGGUGUCCAUUGAGGCUGCGUGGACUUCAAUCAUCUGCGAUCGGCACGUCCAUUCAAAUCAGGCGAUUGGAAUCUUUACCUUGAUUUUGGGAAGGCGAGCGAGCAUGGCUGGUCGUCUGCCGGCUUGCGUUGUCGACUGUGGCACAGGGUACACAAAGCUCGGUUAUGCUGGAAACACGGAACCCCAGUUCAUCAUACCGUCAUGCAUUGCAAUCAAAGAGUCAGCCAAGGUUGGCGACCAGGCGCAACGGCGGAUGAUGAAGGGCGUUGACGACUUGGAUUUUUUCAUUGGAGACGAAGCCAUCGAUAAACCAUCCUAUGCAACAAAGUGGCCAAUCCGUCAUGGUAUUGUGGAAGACUGGGACCUGAUGGAGAGGUUCAUGGAGCAGGUCAUAUUCAAGUAUCUGCGGGCAGAACCUGAAGAUCAUUACUUCCUUUUGACAGAACCUCCUUUGAACACACCUGAAAAUAGAGAGUACACAGCGGAAAUCAUGUUUGAGUCAUUCAAUGUUCCAGGUCUCUACAUCGCUGUUCAGGCUGUUCUGGCGUUAGCAGCAUCCUGGACGUCCCGGCAAGUUGGCGAGCGGACACUAACGGGGACUGUCAUAGACAGUGGUGAUGGCGUUACGCACGUCAUCCCAGUGGCUGAAGGCUACGUCAUUGGCAGCUGCAUCAAACACAUCCCAAUCGCGGGCCGUGACAUCACAUACUUCAUCCAACAAUUAUUGAGGGAACGAGAGGUGGGAAUCCCUCCGGAGCAGUCGCUGGAGACUGCUAAAGCUGUCAAGGAGCGCUUCAGCUAUGUUUGCCCUGACCUGGUCAAGGAGUUUAACAAGUACGAUACAGACGGGCCCAAAUGGAUCAAGCAGUACACAGGGGUGAACGCCAUUUCCAAGAAAGAGUUCCAGAUAGAUGUGGGCUAUGAGCGUUUCCUAGGGCCUGAAAUUUUCUUCCAUCCUGAGUUUGCCAACCCAGAUUUCACACAGCCAAUCUCAGAGGUGGUGGAUGAGGUCAUCCAGAACUGCCCUAUCGAUGUCCGUCGCCCUCUCUACAAGAACAUUGUGCUGUCUGGAGGCUCCACUAUGUUCCGAGACUUUGGUAGGCGCCUGCAGAGGGAUCUCAAGCGGACUGUGGAUGCACGGCUAAAAAUCAGCGAGGAACUGAGUGGUGGCAAAUUGAAGCCAAAGCCCAUUGAUGUGCAGGUCAUCACACAUCACAUGCAGCGCUACGCUGUCUGGUUUGGAGGCUCCAUGUUGGCAUCCACUCCCGAGUUCUACCAAGUGUGCCACACCAAGAAGGACUAUGAGGAAAUCGGUCCGAGCAUCUGCCGCCACAACCCAGUGUUCGGGGUUAUGUCUUAGAGCUGAAGAGGAAAUGGAGGAAGCACACAUUUGGUGGUCUCAUGAGCUUUUGCUGCUCUGACAGACCUUUUCAUUCGGACUCUGUGACAGCGGACCAAACAAACUCCCAACAAGGGUAGCAAAGUCCUCCAUCAGUUAGAUGGGACGAGCAACGACUCCCAUCGCGUUUACUGCAAAUAAUUUAAUAAUUGCUGGUAAAUAUUUGAUUUGUACUCACAGGGUUGUAACAUGCUUACUCAACACGAGUCUGCUUAAAUACAACUGGGACAGCUUGAGGUGGGACUAAAUAAAAAGAUCAGUCAUGAAACGUGCAAUAUUGUCCUUGAAAAAAAAUUGGCUUAAGAAUACUUCAUCAUACGAAAUUACAAAGUAAAAUGAAAAGUAGCUGAACAAUUAGUUUUUGUGAUGUAGGGUAGUGACAUGAUCACCAUGAUGAUGAUGAAAACCCGGCGCAUGGAGCUGUACUCUGAUGAAAAGUAUUGAGUCUGGUGAAAUCACCGUCUCCUCAAUAAUAAAAUAUUGUCAUAUACUGAACAAACAUAAGGUGGGACUAUUUGGAUCCCGGUGUCAUUGCUGGCAUUCCAAUAAAAGCAGAAAUGUUUUGA